CCGUUGAGGGCUGAAAGUCCUUUCCAGCUUCCUGGGCGUCUUUGCUUUCUGCUUUGGGCUUCCAGAAGAGGCUCGCUGCAGGGUUGGCUCGCGAAGAGCACCGUCGUGGCAAGAGGCUUGGCGAGCGGGGCAGAAAACCAAGAGACAUAAUGGACCGUGCUCUUCUGUUACUGCUGUUUUCCACUCCUGUCUGGAGCCUCAUGAAUGGAAUAGAUGCAGAACAAGAUUUCAGCUGGCAGUUAAGAAAAGUACCACAGAUAGUGAAAGAAAAAACUUUCCUCCUCGACGCUCCUAAAUUUGAAGCAAAUGCCAAAUUGGAGCUGAGUGGAGUGUGUGGGAUUGAAUGCCAAAGGACUCUCCCGGUGCCACGCCUGUCAGACUUGAAGGAGCUCCUCUCCUACGAGACUGUCUUUGAGAACGGCACACGGACCUUGACUGAGGUGAAUGUCUUGGGAGCGGAUCUUGACCCAGUGGCAAACACCACCGCCAAGGUGCGCUCCAGGAGAAAGAGGCAGGUCUACGGCACUGACAGCAGGUUCAGCAUUUCCGACACGCGCUUCCUGACCAACUUCCCUUUCAACACCGCUGUAAAGAUCUCCACGGGCUGCAGCGGCAUCCUGAUUUCACGAAAGCACGUCCUCACUGCUGCUCACUGUGUGCACGAUGGCACAGAUUACAUCAAAGGCAGCAAGAAGCUGAGGGUGGGGUUGCUGAGGCUGAAAUCCAAAGGGGACGGCAAGAGACGCAGGGGAGCCAAGAGGAGCAAGAGGGAAGUGUCAGAGGUCAAGGACCACCACACAGAUGCCAAACAGCUGGAACAAGGUCCCAGCAAGAGAGCUGGCAGGAAACCAAAGGCAUCUGGGUUGAAUGAGAGGAAAUCUGAGCGUAAGCCUUCCUUCCAGUGGACCAGAGUUAAAAGCACACAGAUCCCCAAAGGCUGGCUGAGGGGCAUAACUGGAGAUGUUGCAGUGGAUUACGACUACGCAGUCCUGGAGCUCAAGCGUCCUCACAAGAAGAAAUACAUGGAGCUGGGCAUUAGCCCAGCUAGCAAAACAGUGCCUGGAAGCAUGAUCCACUUUUCCGGAUAUGACGCUGACCGAUCUGGUCAACUGGUCUAUCGCUUUUGCAGCGUAUCUGAGGAAUCCAGCGAUCUCUUCUACCAGUAUUGUGAUGCCGAGUCUGGCUCUACUGGAUCGGGGAUCUACCUUCGCCUUAAAGAGCCCAACAAGAAGAAGUGGAAGCGCAAAAUUAUUGCCAUUUAUUCUGGUCACCAGUGGGUGGAUGUCAAUGGGGAAGAGCAGGAUUACAAUGUGGCCGUUCGAAUUACUCCUGCCAAAUAUGCCCAGAUUUGCCUCUGGAUACAUGGGAACAAUGACAAUUGUGCACAGGGCUAAUGGCAGCCGAUGCAAGAUCAGCUCUAGUAUCUGACAGUGCUACGAAGUGAAGAACCUGCAAAAAUAAAUGCUGAACGUACAAUGACCUGCAUCUGACUUUAUUUGAACUUGAAACCAGCAUUUUUCUGAUAUGCUGAAAACAUUUACACAGCAUUUAGCAGAAUUUCUUUUCGACUGAGUUGUUUAAAUUGACCGUAGAUAUGACGUGCACUUAAAGCCCCAUAUUGUAUUACUGUAUUUAUUGUUUUUAAAUUGUGGUAAAUUCGAGUCAUUCAUAUUAUGGAACAGAAACUAAUGGCUCUUUCCGUUUGCUUGCAUUUUUAAGGAGAAGCGUCUUCUCUUUUAACUGGUACUAUUAAACUAUGUGAUUGUUUUGUUUUCAACUUAUUUACUUGUCUCAGGGUUCUGCUCCAGUAUGUUUUCUAUUCUUCCUGUUACGCAGGUUGCAUGUCCAUUAUUGUACGGUAUCUGCGGGAGAAUCCAAUUGUGAAACACUGGGAUAAGACAAGAAACAAAGCUCUCCCAUAACCCUUAUUACUGUAGACAAUACCUCUUCAGAUUGAAAUGCCUCUGCCAAGUUGGCCUAGUUUAGAUCAUAUGCAAAACCCACAAAUUCCUUUUCCUUGAAUUCUAAAAUAGCAAAGUGGAACUUAAUGAAUGUAGCAUGUCUUCUGUUUGUGGGGGGAAAGGAACCAUAUGAGUACAAUUUAAUGCCUGUAAAUUCAGUUUUAGAAGAUAUGCAAAAGGGAGAUUAUUAGAUGUGUAUUUGUUUUAACCUGUCACUAUUUUGAACAAAUCAGUGCCUUAAAAAUAUAAUCAUCAGCAUCAAGUGAUGUUACUUUUGACAAGAGGCAACAAUGACAACUACUAAUUCAAGUUUUGAAAACAAUGGUUAAAAAGAGCUAAACACACCAAAGAUGAAUAAGGUUGUCUUUAAAAAUGGGAUUAUAGGCCCAAGAGGCCAUAUGCACUUGAGAGUGAGGGCAGCCCCCAUUCACCUUACUAGAGAGUAGGGCAGCUCUCUUUUCUUCAAUACAAAACUCUGGCCCAUUCAUUGAAGUGAAUGGGGAAGCCUUUACAACAAGGCCAAAACACAUAGUUGAGAUGACUAUUGAAUUGGGACUAUCCAACAGACUAUCUUUUCCUCAGAUGGGUUUGUGGGUUGGGUAGUUGUGUUAAUUCUCAGCAUCAAGAAUUACCAAAAGCAGAUAAUUGUUUGCUGAGUCAUGUUUCAACCUUUUGGAAAAUGUAGGUUAAAUUCUUAUGUAAAUACAUUAGGUGACUUAUUAUAUAGCAAUAAACCAACUGGGUUCAUGUUCAUUUCUGAACCUCGACUUUUACUAGAAAAGUAUUUAACAUGAGCUUAAGUAUUGCAAAUUUACACAUUUCAGUAGCUUUAAAAAAAUUAUAUCAGCUGAGCUUUCUGCUUCAAAUGUACUAGUGUAUGUGAAAGUUCUUUGUGACAAAGCUGGUUGUCAGGAUGCUGUUUAAUAUGUAACAUUAAGAUGCAUACUCCAGGCCCAUAUAAGCUUGGUUUUUAUUAGCAUUACAGUAAUUCAGUUUUUAACUUGUAUUGAUCAAUUUUUUCCCCCACCAGUGUGGAAGAACAAAGAUUUUUUUAAAAAAUAAAUGACUAUUAAAAUAUA